AUGCUCGAGAAUCCGACUGUAAGACUGCGAAAUUCGGUCAUUUCGGGCAAACUUCCCAUAGUUAAGCGUCUUUUGAGCCGGUUUCCGGAUCUUUUGACAGAUGUUGAUCCCAGAAACGGAUGGUCGCUGUUGCACUACGCUUCGUACCAUGGAAGAUACCUGGUAUGUGUGCAUCUGUUACAGCUGGGCCAUGGCAAAAAUGAGAUUUUGAAAACUUUCAAGAACAACACAUGCGUGCAUUUGGCGCUUUUGGAAGGACAUGAACAAACCGCACAUUUGCUGCUGCAACAUUUCCCGUAUUGUUUGAAUAUGAAGGGCUCGCAUGGUCUCACACCGGUGCAAAUGACGUGUUUGCGGGAUCAUCAUAGAUGCUUGAGUCUGCUUUUGGGCCUGGGCGCAGAUCUGAGUCUCCGAGACGACGACAAUUACACAGCAUUAGACGCAUGUCUGAAAUAUGGCAGCGUGAACUGCAUGCGGAUUCUGAUAUUGGAAGGCGAGCUGGACGAAACAGAAGUUGAGAAGAAACCUGGAGCAUGGGCCCCAGAAGACCUGUGUUUGACUUUCCAGCUGGUAGACACUUACCACAAGGUAUUGCGAGAUAAAAGAACUCACAGUGGGCUGCCGAAAAGGCCAAGCUACCAAUCCAUGGUGUCCCCGCUGACGAUCCCGAAGCCGGUCUUUGAGAACAGCGGGUCGCCUUUGAUGACCACGUCGCCCGCAGCGCAGUCUCUUGCGUCACAGCUUCCGCCACUGCCAGCAAUCUCCACAAGCCGCAGAACGUCUGUGGGGAGCCAUCACAACAUAAGGUCUCCCAGGACACCGGUAUCGCAUACGUUCCACACCGGUUCGCCCACCCGCCGUCGUCUUUCGUACCUCAGCCACGUCAACACUGCGUCAUCGACGUCUUUGUCAUUGUCGAGAAGGGAGCCAAGUCCCAACGUCAAUGGGGCAAUACGUGGGAAGCCAGAGGAUAGCGGGUUUGAGUGGCACAACAAAUACAGCACGUCCAGCGUAAGCAUGGAGAGCAACCGAAACGACUUGAAUCGCGAAUGCUCGUCUUCUGCAAAUGAUUUAGAAACGCCAGAGGAUUCACGCGGGUCCAGCAAUUCUACAAUGCUCAAGAACGAAAGGACACCGACGGGCAAAGAAAGCCAGCUAUCGGUUCUCAAUGUGCCGGUUUCCAAGAUAAGAAGAUGA